GUCACAAAACGGAAAACGUUGGUUAUGAAUGCCUAGCAAAAUUAGGGUUUGCAAUUUGGCAAAUUUGGCUUUAAGCUUACAAUCAGAUGAGAAGAGAAAGACGAAAAUAACCUCAUCCCUGUUCUCUUGUCAUCCAAUCGCUUUGAGCUGGAAAUUCCUACAGAAUCGCGGGUGAUCAGAAUUGACAGUAAAAAUGGCAGGAAUCAACAACUCUAACGAGCCAAGUACAGCGCCUCAAGCCGAUCGAUGGUACAACCUAACCCUAGGCUCAUCUUUCAAGGAUCAGAAUUCCUCCAAAUUCUGCACUUUUCGCUAUGAUUUCAAGCCAGCUUCAAUUGAUAAGAAUCAGCGUGGCGCAUUACACAAGAGCAAGGAUAAUAAGGUUACUGUUGAGUUUCAAAAUAUUCAACCUGGGAAGCCCAAGGUGAUUUUCGAGGGCACUACUGAGGAUUACAAGGAUAAUGAUGCUGUUCUAUUCUUUGAUGGCGAGUCUUUUCGGUUAGAACGGUUGCACCGUGCUGUUAAGCGGUUGAGGCAUAACAGGAUGCUAGGUGAAUCCGCAGGGGCAUCAGCUGCACCAGCUGGAUUAUCUGAUGCAAGCUCACCACCUCUCACGAAAGGGAUUAAGCAUCAGCCUGCGAACAAAGACACAUUUCCUGCAGUGCCUGUUGAAGUGGAACGAAUUGAGAUUGGGGACUUCAGAAGCUCAGAUGCAAAACCAAGACAGGAGAAGACCGUUGAGUACCCUGCGGCACAAGCAAACUCAUUAAAUCCAUCACCGGAUCUGAAGAAGGAUGACCUAGAUGAGGAACUGGAUAUAAUGAAUGCUGAUGAAGAUGAUGGUAAUGCAGCGACUGAUGGAGGAACUAUUGAAGUGAAAGAACUUGAGUUUGAUAUGAAUAAACCACAUCAAACCGAUUCAGAUGAUGAGAUUGCUGAUGUUGAUGCUAGUGAUGAUGAAGCUGAUAAGGGACCUAAUGCCGCAGAAGCACUGAGGGCGCAGGUAAAUGCAGAGGAAAAAGAAGGCCAGACUUCUAGCUCUAGUGGUAGCAGUGGGAGUGAGAGCAGUGGAAGUGGUAGUGGUAGUGGAAGCGGGAGCGGAAGUAGCAGUAGCGACAGUGAAAGCAGUGAUGCUGAUUCUGUCAACUCCGUUUGAAAAAUUAAAAUUUUCAGGCUACCUCUGAGCAUAGACAUCUCAACAUUGAGAAUUUGCCAUACAGAUUACACCAUUUUUUCAAAUAAGGUUCCGAGAUGAAGGCAAGCGCAGAGCUAUUAUUACUUUACGCCUGCCGUCUUGAGGUGGUGUCAUGAGGAAACAGGCAUUCUUUAAGUCUUCCUGUCAAUUAUUGUUUUAUGAGCUGCAUGUUGAUAUCUGAAAAUAAAAACCUGGGCACGUGAAUGUAUGAAAUUGCUUUACCAACUUUGCGUGCAGCAUUUUUUUACAAAUAAGUAGGUGAUAACCUGCGCAAAAGAGAGAUUAGGAGGACUUAUUGCAUUGUAUGGAAGGGAAGAUUUGUACUCACUUUUCAUACUAUUAUGUACCAUGUUAAGUCGGAAUACAUAUUUAUUCAUUA